CUCCACCCUAGCCCCAAUUAACAAACAUCCGUUUGAGUUUACUCCUUAUACCCCUUAUAUAGAGAUGGUAUGUGAAGUACCUUAAUGAAACUCAGAGCGCAUUUAUUUCUAUUCAUACAAGUAAUAUGUAGUAAUGCCAAAAAUAGAUAAAAUCAGGUAAAUACUGUCCUUAACUUCCAUAAAUCUAAUAAUUUUCAAACAUCCGGUUAGCUUUACGCCGCAUAUAUCAGUCAGUAUGUAAAUGACGCUGCCACUAGCUAAAGAUUUCGAUUUUGCCAAUUGUUUCAUCUUUUCACAAGUGGUCGAUAAUUCGAAACACCACUCAUCGUUUUAACACUUCGAGUCUCGAAAAUAUUUAAAAUCUACAAAUUGAUUUCUGUACUUUUUCUUUUCUGAAGUUUAAAAUAUUACCAAAACAAAUUUGAAGUUUCUGUGUUUUCUGAAAAUUUUGAGAAUUAUACUGAAUGAUUCAGUCAUUCAUUCAGUUACUGCCUUUCGUACCGCUCGGCGAAUAAACGCGUAUCCAAGUAGACGAUUUACAUAAGCAUUUCGGCCAAAAAGAUAGGAAUUGUAACGUAAAGAGAAAAACAAUUAAAAGUAAACUUAAUUUUACCAAAACAAUAUAUAUAUUACAAGACACGGACUCUCGUUAAAAAUAAGUCAACCAGACAAAUACAGUAUAUAAUGUCCUUUGAAGAAGCGCUCUAUCAAGAACUCGAUUUAUCUUGGAAACAACCAACCGAUAAAGUACAACAACAAGCAGAAUCAGCAACAGAAGACGAACCAUCCACAUCGCAACGGCAAGACGGUUGUGAACAACAGCACCCAAUACCAGGAAGCACAGAACUUGCUACUCCGCUGAGCCACAAUCCCUUUCGAUUGCCGGUGCAGCCAUUCCAAAGUAGUUGCAGCAGUCAUACACUUUUUCCGCCACCACCAAUUUCACAAGCGCGCAAAUUAUCGCUACAAUGCACAUCACAUCAUCCGUCCACUAGUAAACAAUCGAAUUAUACAAAUACUUCCGUACCGAAUCCGCAAACCUAUAAUCUCGUUCAACAGAUUAUCCAAACCGUUGGUGAAUUAGAGAAUACGAUAAUUGAGGAUCGGCAAAACGAUUUCAAUUUGCAUAUGGCAUACGAGCGACAAACGGAGAAGCUAAAGAAUAUGUGUCAGUCAUUGGAUAAUGAGAAGGAACGUAAUGUGCGGCUGAUGGAGCUAAUACGUGGUGUGGAUGCCGCCUCUACAACGGAAGAUGAGGAGCCAGAAAAUGCAGUGUCGCGUUGCUGUGCCACGGAACGUUGGUCGUGUUCAUCCGAAGCAUAUGAUUCGAUAAGCCCGCUUUUAAUGCAACAAAGAUAUGACGAGCUUUCCAUUUCAUACAAAAAAUGCCGCCGACAACUUAUAAAAAAGGAAAAGCUGCUUCAGUUAAGUCGUUGUGAAACAGAAACAGCAAAAGCGCGCUACGACAAUCUUUUAGAUGAAUAUUGCAUAUUACAGAAACGUUUCGAAGAGAUAUGCUUCAAGUAUUUGCAAUUACAGGCGAGAAAAAAUUUAGAGAUCCAACGUCUACGCGAUGCUCUCAACAAUGCCGGCGAAUGUAUCGUGAAUGCGCAACAAUUAAUCGAUUGUUUGGAUGAAGAGACAAUCACAUUAUAUGCCAAUCAUAAUAUGAAAAACUUAUUUGAGGACAAUAACAAUAGCAACAAUAAUACUGAAACUAACGAAACGGACUGUAUAAGGGCAUUUAAGCAAAAUUUAGAGUUAUUUGUGAAGUCCUUGCGUCUCUGCCAGUGGGUACAACAGAACAAUAGUAUUUUAGGUGAAAACAACGAAAGUCAGCAAUGAAUUUCAUGUUUAACAGUUAUAACUAUGAACUGUAUGUGUCAAUAUUGGGUUUGUUAAACUAAAAUUUUGCGGAGAAAAAAA